AGAUGGCAGUGGAGAGUUGGCGUCCAUAGCACGUCUUUUCUUACUGUACGUCGUAGCUUGAAUUACGUGUUUUCUUAGCUUUGGUUGCCGAAUUACCCCAAUAACAGAUGGGCCAAAAUUAUUUAAAAUAUUAUAUUCAACCCUUAAGCUGUGUUGUAAAGUUUCUUAUUUUGAGUGCCUAUAGCAAAUUUGUUAUUUGAGUUCAUUAUUGUAUUGUGUUGUGUUAUUAUUGAGUUUUGUUGGUUGUGCAUUUGGAUUAUUUUUUUAUUUGAGAAUCUUUGAACUUGGAUAUAUAUUUCAUUUUUAAGAAAUGGCUGGAAAUAAGUGUGUUUAUUUCAAGUGUGGACUAAGUAAGAAAAUGAACUUAAUUCCAAAUUUUCAAGAUCUAUUAGGUCUUCAAAAUUGAGAGGUUUCGGUCGAUUUUAAGCUUGAAUGGCUGUACUACAUUAAUUUUCGUUAAAGUAAUACCUAAACAAUAAUAAAAACAAAAGUUGAAAAAGCACAUAAUCACAAUAAAAAAUUGAGAAAAAAUGAAUUGAAAUUUUAAAUUGUAAUAAAAAAUGAAGCAGAAGAGACCUAAAAUCAAGAACACUUAGAAACAUGAACAUAUCAAAAGGUCUGAGAAAUAAUAAAUUGAAGAAAUUUAGAAUGUUUUUAACGUUUAAAUCCUCUUGGGUCUUCAUUAAAAACUAUUCAUUAAAUUCUACUCCUCGAGGCAAUAUAUACACAAGGAUAAUAUUAACAGCAUCGAAGUUGAUAUUGCCACAAUUAAAUUAGAUUCCAGUCAUACGAAAAUGUAGAUUAUUACUAAGAUUAUAUACUCGAAAUUAUUAUGCUUAUUCUUUAUCGAAUGAGAACGCGUACGUUCAUCAAUUUUCUAGAAUAUUCCCGAAACGUUAUAUCCGUUUAAUAUACCUGCGUAAGUUAUCCCCAAAACACGACAGAAAAAAACGGCGAAAAAGAAGAAAUUGUUAAAAGACAUACAUAACCUUUAUUUUUAUGAAGCAAGCAGUUGCAUUUUUUAAUAGUGGUAGUUGAGUGCGAUACUGCUUUUUGUAUUAGAAAUAAGUGAAUAUAUAAUUUAGUUAGGUAAUCAAUGGAAUUAACUCGAUUUAAUUGUUAUAUUGGUACUGCCAGAGGUUUUUUGCUAUCCACGACGGACAAACCUACGGGGAUACGGCAUGUGAAACCAGAUUUCAUCUCGGAAGUAACUGCUUUAACAUUUGAUACUGAACGAAAAAAAAUUUUUAUUGGUUAUAAGAAUGGAUGUGUACAUAUAUUUGAUUCUAUACAGAAUACUUAUAUUCAAGAAGUUACUAAUUUGUUUGGCAAAGGUAGUACUGUUGGUCUAAGCUAUUUAAAAACCUCACUUAUUGUUGGAAAAUCUGAUGGGAUUAUAAAUAUUUGGAAUGGAAACAGUAACAACCAUUUUGAUUUAAAUUUAGGUGAAAACGAAACACUUAACUCCAUUUCAUGUAACGAUAAUAGGAAUUGUAUAGGAACAGGUGGUGAACAUAAUGAUUUCAAGAUAUGGGAUAUAGAAAUGCAGAAAUGCAUUUUUAAAGCCAAAUCAUUAGGUCAUGACUCCCUUAAUUUACCGAUUCCUACAUCAGUAAGAGGUAUAAUGUUUUCAUCUGAAGAUCCUCAUUUAAGUUAUUGCUGCACAAAAGAAGGACAUGUUUUAUUAUAUGAUGAUAGGGCACAAAGAAGACCUGUUGUAAAAUUUUUGGAGACCAAGGCAAGUUAUACAACAAUAGCUAGUUCAUAUAGAGAAAGGCAAUGUUUGGUAGGGACGACUAGGGGAUAUAUGCAAUUAUUAGAUAUGAAGGUUGGCAAGUGUAUGAAAACAUUUACAACUUUUGCUGGAAGUGUAACAGAUAUUGUUUGUGAUCCAAUAGAACCUUAUGUUUUUUCUACUAGUUUAGAUAGACAUUUGAGGGUACACCACUUGGAAACAAAAGAAUUGUUGCAAAAGACUUAUAUGAAAGUGAAUUUGACGACUUUAUUGGUAACACCUGCGGUAAAAGAAGAAAAAAAAGAGCAAGAUGAGAGAGAUAACAUCAAUUCAGUUAAUAUAGAAGAUGGUGUUGAUUUAGAUGACGAAUAUGAAACCAUUUUUCAGAAUAUGGAAGUUGUUGGUGAGGAAAAGAAGAAGAAGAAAAAUAAAAGAUAUCUUGAAGAAUGUAGUAAAAAGGCAGUGAAGAGACAUAAAGUGAAAAAUAAGCAUUAGAAUCAUACAAAAACAUUAUAUUUUAAAAAUAAAAGCUGAUUUGAAGAAA